AUGGACGAAGAAAGCGAAUGUGAUUGGACUCCACCUUUAGAAAUUGAUAUAGUUGAAUCAGAACUUUUUGAAAUACCUUCAGGGUUGCCAUCUCUUGAAGACUUUAUUAACAGCGAACUUGAAAAAGAAGAAGUUACAAAAGCUGAAGUUGACGAAACAGAUGAAACUCUCUUGGAAACUCAUAAAGAAUAUGAAUUAACAACUGAAGGAGGUGGUUUCGAAACCGGCUCAAUUGCUGUGGAUCAUGAUGAAGAAGAUGAAGAAGCUCAAACAGCUGCAGCUGACAAUAUCCAAUCGGAAGAUGAUUAUGAACUUCCUCAAGUUGAAGUUAAAAAACCAAAAGUUAAAACCAAAAAACACACAGUUGACACCUUUGGAAUGGAUUCUGUAAAAUUAGAUUUUGACAAUAUUAAGACAAAGGCAAAAAAAGAAGCCGAUGCUAAUCUACGAUUGCAUUUGAUUGAUAGUACAAAUAAUUUAAUUGACAAUCUUAUCGGUGAAGUGGUAGAAAUUUGUGAAUAUGAAGAUCCUGAUGAUAUUCUUCGAGCUCGAUUAGAUAAAAAUAAAGUUUGUGAUGAAUUAGAUGAUAAAAUGUAUGAACUUGAUAUAGAACAAAAAAUGAGAUUCUUUUUAAAUCGAAAAGCUGUUGAAUAUUUUCGACGAAAAAAAGCAACUCGACCAUUAAUUGAUGAUAGUCCAGAAAGUAAAAUGAGUCUAAUUAGGAAAUAUCAUGAAAGUUUGAUGAUGGUAAAUAAAUAUAAAGGUCUUGAGGAUUCGACAAAAGGUCUGCUAGAAACAAAAAUUGCUGAGCUGAAAGAGGAAUUGAAAGAAUUGGAGAUAAACUCGAAAGGGAAAUCAAGGGAAUUUGUGGAUAUUGUCAAAAAUACUUUAGGUGCUAGUAACUCCGAAAAAAUGGAGACAUUAAUUGAUAGUUUUACAAAAAGGAUCAAAAACAUGCAAGAAGAGAUUUCGAAAGUUAGAUUUGUUCUUAUUCAAAGACAACAUUCGAUGGCUGUUUUACAAGAGAGAGCCAGAAAACUUGAUGAUCUUGGAAACGGUCUGCAUAUGGUGGAUUUUGAACACCUUCAAACUGAAACUCAAGCUCUUGGUAAAAAAAUCGAAGAAAGAAACAACGAACUCAACCGACUUCAUACUCGUUGCAAUGCUGACAUACACACCCUAGCUCAUAUUCGUGAAAAACAACAAAUGAUGCGUAAUACGAUUUCAGCUCAGCAAGAAGCCUUCGAAGAACUAAUCGAGGAAAAACAAAGUUGUCGAGAAUAUUUGAAUGACUUGAAAAUUGAACGAGGCGCCAUUCGAAGAGAAUUGAAAAAAAUCAGUUUUCAAAAUGGACUUCUUGAUAAACCGGAACUUCUUCUCGAUUAUGAUGUUACUGAAGAAAAAGUUAAUGAUCUUAAAGAAAGGAUAGCUUUAAUUAAAGCUGAACAACUGAAUGUUGAUGAAAAAUUAAAACAAAUUACAAAAAUCCUUCGACGUUAAACUGGUGAAUAUUUAACUUCUAUGUGAUGACAUAUCCUUUUAUGUUUUUAUAUGUGGGUAAGUAUGUGAAUAUAAUAACAUACUCAUUAUAUUCAGACACCCUUCAAAAACAUGAUGUUUUAAUGAAGAGCAUAAUUAUCCUGCCUUUGGGUAAAAAUGCUAUAGUGAUGUGAAUAAAUUUAUGUUUAAUUUUUUGCUUGGUUCAUCAUAA